AUGAACAACAACCGAGCACACCUACUCUCACUCAAAGUACUCAGAUCAUCACCACCCACACUCAACACCACCACCAACCAACCCACCCAGACUGAGAUCGCAGACACACUCAGCCUGCCCAACUCAUUCGGAACGAUCUACCAGGGGGAAGCAUUCAACGGCCUCCUCAGCCUCAGACCAGAACAGCCCAGAUCCAACCUAAUAGCCGCCCUCAACCCAAAACUGAUCGUCGAACUGCAAUCCUCGCAAUCUCUGCAUAAGAGCCUCAUCGGAUCCAUACAUGCUCACCAACUUGGUCCGGCUUCAGAACACGAGGCUCUCGAACUACUCAUCAAUCAUCAGAUCACCCAACUAGGCUUACAUUCCUUGAUCUGCACGGUCACCUAUCAAGAACCACCACCAACUGAACCUACAGAAGAAGAAGAAGAUCAAGAACUUACACCAGCCGAGUCUCACCAAAUCACUCCAGAAUCAGAACCGCAAACCAGAAGCUUCAGGAAACUAUACAAAUUCCAAGUACUCAAUCCCUUAGGAAUCAAGACCAAGACAUACAGAUCUCCAUCAUCAUCAUCAGUGUUAGAGGAGACUCGUGUGCUCGAAUCUCUCAAGAAAGUGCUCGCUGAAAUCGAGGCGCAUGAUCAUCAUCAUUACGACGACACAGCCUUAUCAUCACUAUUCGACGGGCAAGAUCGACUGGGAAACGAUGGAAGCUCCUCGAAUGAAACAUGUUACAUGGAAAUCCAAAUCCAAAACCAAUCCUCCAAGCCGCUCCUCAAUCUCACCCUGAACCUCUUGCCUCAAGACCAAAACCCAGAUGAUCAAAAAGAAGAAGAAGGAGAAUCAACCACAAGGAAGAUAGAGCAGAUCCAAUUAAAACAGCGCCCCACACGAACACCAACAGGAGCGGAGAGUGACGAGCAGAUCAUGCCUGGAGAUAUCCGCCAAUAUGCAUUCAAAGUAGAUAAGCUGGACGAGUUUGAUGGGCGAGCGGGGGCGGGUGAGACGGCGGAUCGAAGCCGACGAGCCGACGACGACGACGACGCCGAUGCCGACGAGACCGACGACGACGACGACGAUGACGAUGGGGAUCGAGAGCUCGGGCUGUCCGACGGUCGUUGCGCAGAGCCGGUUCUUCAAGGCCGAGCUGCUCCGGGACGCCCGGCCGAUCGUCGCCGGCGUGCCCUUCCAAGUCGAACUCCGAAUCUCAUCUUCCUCUAA